AAUACAUCACGAAAUUUUAAAAUUUUCUGAUGUCAUAAACAACAUCCAAUAGAAUAUAAAAUAAGCUUUGCCCGCGUUAUCUCCUCCAUAGGCAGGAAAUAAGAAAAUAGUGAAUUUUCAAGAAAUUUCCUGGGAUGAAAAGAAUUUUCCAGGAUAUUUCCUGGGAUGAGAAGAAUUUUCCGGGAUAUUUCCUGGGUUGAAAAAACAACCGAGAUGCAGUUUAAUAGACCCUGAUGUACACAAUCCAGGACUUUCCCUUACCUUUUCACUCGUUUUGAAAAACUUCGCUCGUUAAUCGAGUCAUUUUUAAAACAUUUGAUUUUCUCGUUAUUCGUAGUGCUCGUUAAGCGAGGUUCAAUUGUACUAAGCUGUUAAAUAAAAUAUGGCAACAUAGAAUAGAAAGAAGUAGCGCCAUCUGAGCAACAAUUGGACUUAGGACAACAUAAUAAUUAAUAACAUUAAUAAAUAAUAUAGGAGUAUUAAAAUUAAUAUUAAUUAAUAACGACAACAACAAUGAAGAGAAUUAUAAAUACUAAACAAUGACACAUGUUAUGAAGUUGCGCCAUCUGUAGAGAAGAAACGAAAGUAAACAACCUGCGUACAGAUUUAUGGUUGAUUUAUAAUACUUAUUUACAAAAGCCAAAUGGUUUUCAAAUUUAUGUCUAAAGAGACAUAAAUUUGGUGGACGCUUAUUUGUUUAUUGUGAAUGUUACCAAUACACGACCUUCCUUUUCUAAAACCUGACUGUUCUUCCAUUACUAACUUAUUCUUUAUUAUUUUACUAAAUAUACAGGCCUAUGGUAUUUAGAAUAGUAAUUCCUCUGUAUUUUUUUUUUGUAUCAGUUUAAUUUCCCUUUUUUAAAUAUUGAAAUAACCUUUGCUAUUUUCUACAAAAGUGUUACUGAUUAAAAGAUGAACUGUAUGUCUCUGUUGUUAUCAGCAAAAAGUAUGAUGUACCUGGAAAAACACUAGCGAAAUGAAUUGAAAAUUUUUCUAAAUAUGCAAAUCUAUUGUGAAAUUUUAUUGUGCGUUUUUAGGAAAUUUUAUUAAAAAAUAUUGUCCCCGAAGGUUGUUUACCGCGAACAGAGCACGAGUGAUGAAUUCUAUUAAUUGAAUAAGGCAAUGCAUUCUCGAGGGAUGGGUUGAAGUUAAUUCAAUAUAAAAAAAAAAAUAUUUUUCGAAAAGGACUAUUAUAGAAAAGUUGCAAAUAAUUUUAUAUUUGAUACAAGAUACAACGAAACCUUUACAUGGGCGUGCUGUUGAUGAGGCAUAUAAAUCUCCAAUCCUGGUAUGCGUGAGUUCAAUUGUUUCACACAUAAGGCGGUAUUUUCAUUUAUAGUUGCAUUUCACCUUACUACAGGGACUGAUAUAAAUCUUAAAAUUUGAUGUGUUUUAUGUUUUAUGACGUUAUUAUUACAUCAUUUACAGACGAUGUCACGUACUUGAUCGUAAGCAUUCUUAUAUUUGUUUAAGUGUAACGAAAACAAUUAUAAUCAAUAUAAAAACUACAGGAAUUUAAUUCAGUCCAUUUCGCUCCUACCUUUGCUACCAUUGACUGCAAAGAAAAUGAAAUUGUUUAAUUUUCAUAACAUUUAAAAGGGCAACUCGACAAUAAAUAACUUUUAUUCUUAUAAAUUUUCUCGUUGCACAUGUAUUUUACUAAAUAUUUCUCGGGACCAUAAUAAAUGGACAACUCAGUAUAGGUAAACAUGAAUAUAAAAUUGCGGUAUAAAAGUUUUCAUGUUAAAUUUGAUUUUACGUGAAAUCUUCGUCUUGACGAAGGUAAAUGUUCUACACUGUACAAUUAAAUUGUAGAAAAAUUUUUGUAUUCGGUAAAAUUUUCAUUUCCAUUUUUCUAAACUAACAUUUUAAACAGAAAAUUUGUAAAGCGAGAAAAAAUUUUAAAUGAAAAAAUUAUUUUAAAAGUAAAAAAGAAAAAAAAUGGAAGUAAAAUACCACUGCUUAAUAACAGAACCGGUUCGGUUAUGACGUAGUUGUUGUCUUAGGUAUAGGUAACAUCUUUACCUUUAAUAACUUAACCAUAAAAUAAAUUAAAGUAUUAUUUACUUAUUAUAUAACUACUAUCAAAAUGUAGUCAAAUUACGACUCCGUUUCAAAUGAAAAUGUGCUGUAACUAAUAUGAAACAUUAAUUGGAUUAUCCAACCUCGAGGGAAGAAAUGAGAGAAGUUAAGUUUCGUUGUAGUGUGAAGUUAGUCUUCUAUAAUAGGCAGACUGUUAAUUACGUGGAAAAAACUGAUUGUGAUUGGCAUUAUUCGGCGCUUGUUGUCUUACGCAUAGAUAUUUCAUUAUAACAUACAGUACCGCAUCGAAAACUGCAUAUCAAGAAAAAUAUUUACCAUGUGUCUGUUGAGUUUGUUCCAAAUUCUGUUAAGUUUAGUUAUUAUUUUUCUUUUUGUGACAUAUUUAACACGAAAGAAAAAGAGAAACGGAAGGAAUCAACAAGAAAACGAUUUGACUUCGAACAAAUAUGGAGAGAAUUUGUGCGUAUCUGGAGACAAUAAAGACAACGGGCAGGAGUUAAAAAUGAAUCUUCCGACUAUGUCCUUUUUUCCAAUUUUGUGGAACAUUGUAUUUUCUCAACGUGACAAGCAAUACCACAAUUCAUACAUCGGGAUACUAACUUUAAAUGUAUCUGCGGGUCUAUCUAUGCUAUUUCCAAACGAGAAAGUUGUUUGUAUAAAUAUACUUGGACAUAAAUUAAUUAUUUUCUUACAUCCAGAAUCUGCAAAGGAAGUGUUAAAAAGCAACAGGUUAAUCAAUAAGGAUUCUACUUAUGAUUUCUUCAAGCCACUUCUAGGAUACAACAGUUUUUUUUUCAGUUCUGACGAUAAUUGGAGAAGAAGAAGAAAAUAUUUAGCUCCACUUGUACAGGUUCGGAAUCUGAAAGAUGAUCAAGAUAUAUUUAUGGAGCAUUCAAACGUUUUAGUCGAAAAACUCAAACAAUUGCAAAAAAAUGAAUUAUUCGAUAUUCUGAAAUGGAUGAAAUAUUGCACUCUCGAUAUAAUUGCAGGCAAAGUACACUUUGGAGAUAAAGUUCAUUUACUUCUUCCCAUCGGAGAUCGAUAUGUGCACAAAGUCAAAGUUAAACUUCUAAGUGUUAAUUCGGGAAUUCUUUUAUGUGACUCGUCUAAGGGCGUUGAUCAUCAGGAGGAAAACAUGUGGAGUUCGGACACCUCCAGCUCUGUCGAUGAACUCCUUGAAUUCUGA